ACAUCCGGUUUUAGUUUAUGUGACAUUUAAAAUAAACCUUUCUUUCCGAUUUGUGAAAUUGACAAGUUCAAUAAUCAAAAUGCAAAUCUUUGUACGCGGUUUAGAAAAUAUAGAAACGUUCGAAGUUUCCAAAGAAGACACAGUUCAAGUUAUAAAGCUCCAAGUGUCGCAAAAAUAUGGAGUAAAUUGCGAUGAAAUUUCUUUACACAGCGAAGGUAAUAUCCUUGAUAACAACGUCCAAAUAGGAGAAUUAUCAUCAUGUGAAUUAGAUGUCACCGUUCCACUUUUGGGUGGUAAAGUCCAUGGUUCAUUAGCUCGUGCUGGUAAAGUCAAAGGCCAAACUCCAAAAGUAGACAAACAAGAAAAGAAAAAGAAGAAAACAGGACGUGCUAAAAGAAGAAUACAGUAUAACAGACGCUUCGUAAAUGUUGUAGCUGCUUUUGGUCGUCGUCGCGGACCUAAUGCUAGAUCAUCAUAAAAUGUAUUUUAUGGAAUAAUAAACUUUUAAAAAGGAAA